CGACGACAUCGAAUAGCAGCGACACCCCUCCCCUCCCCGGCGAUACCUCCAACACACGCAACAUGCCCAUCCUCCUCCGCAGCGCCCGCCUCGCCGGCCGGCGAUUCGCCUCCACGCACUCGCACGACCACCACCACGUACCGACCAUGCAGCCGACGCCCGAAGGCUUCGGCAAAGGCUUCUUCCUCUCGAUCGCGUCGGUGAUCGGGGUGCUGGCCAUAAUCAAAGCGGACACGUCCGGCGACCAACCGGCGUUCAUAACGCGGCUGAUCGACCGCUACCACAGCCGCACCGAGGUGUGGGCGGCGCGCAACCUGGCGCACACCGACAUACUCGUCCAGGCCGCCGAGGACCGCAUGCUCUUCCAGGACUCGCCCUCAAAGAGGAGGGUCGCUAUCAAGAACCCGGAGACCUUGAAUGCGGGCUCGCCCUGGAAUAAUGAGGCUGGCCGUGGAUAUGGUGGGGAUUUGAAGACUACACGUAUGCACCUCGAGGCGCUGAGGGAGAAGCACGCCGAGAGCUUUAGGAAGUAGACUUGCUGCUCUGCUUUGCAGUGAGCAUUGUCUUGUGGGUGAGAGGAAGUGGAGGGGUGGACAAUAGACGAAGAUUCUGUACAGGAGGUGGUGGCAGUGUGAUGAGUACAUGUUGUCAGCCGCCUCAACCAAUGUCCACUCGUGACUAUAUUGUCCCGUCCCUCUGUGAAGCUAAAGCACAUCCCAUAGAGUCGACAAAGCGUGGAAAGAGUGAUCUGAAGCUCCUGGUAACCCCGCACAUAGCUAGGUACUUGCACGUCACAGAACAGAAAUCAUCACUGGAAAUAUCAUCGGGGGAAACGUCG